AUGGUUGAUGAAAUCAAAUCUUCUGGAGCUUAUGCAGCAAUGGCAGACACAACUCCCGAUGUUAGCCACCUUGAUCAGAUUUCCCUCGUUAUUCGAUACGUCGAUGCAGAGUUUGAAAUCCACGAGCGACUUGUCAAAAUAUCGGAAAUUAAAGGAAAGAGUGGCGAUGCAUUUGCCCUCAAGGUGAUAUAGAUGUUAAACGAUUUGCAGAUUCCUCUCUCCAUGGCUAGAUUUCAGUGUUAUGACACAACCGCGUCAAUGUCUGGAGAAUACAACGGUGCACAAGCAAAGUUUAGCGAGCAUUUGGAACGGAACAUUCCCUACAUCACUUGCAUGGGCCACAAGGCAAAUCUAUGUGUCGAGCAUUGUUGCCAGGCUUCCUUGUUCAUCGACAAAUUUUUUACUACUUUGCAAGAUCUGUAUAACUUUCUUACAAAGAGUACCAGCCGCUUUGGUAAACUAAAGGACAAGAUUGAAGAGUUACAAGAAGGUUUGAUUAUGAAAAACCUAUCGAAAACGCGAUGGAUUGGAAGAGCAGAAUCAAUACGUGCAGUGUGGUUGAGCUACGAAGUUUUGCUUGAUGUUCUUGCAGAAAUCGAGAACUUUCAAGGGAGUGACAGAGAUGCCAGAAAGACAGCAAACUAUUUGUCGGAGACAAUACAGUCAUUUGAUUUUUAUUUCUGCAUGUUGUUCACGAAGAGCAUAAUGUACUAG